CCCCCAGACAUGCCAUUCGCAUGCUCCCUCUUUUCUUCAUCGUCUACUUCGUCUGCGGAUUUUAGGCCUUUGCAUCCUAUCCAAUAAAGACGUUGACUUUCGGUCUCCUGGGGAGGAGAAAUGGAUCAAUCAGUUCUUGAUGACAUCAUCAAUCGUCUGCUUGAAGUUCGUGGUCGUCCGGGUAAGCAGGUUCAGUUAUCGGAGUCAGAGAUCCGCCAGCUCUGUGUAACUUCUAAGGAAAUUUUCUUGCAGCAGCCUAAUUUACUGGAGCUUGAAGCACCCAUUAAGAUUUGUGGUGACGUGCACGGUCAAUAUUCUGAUCUUUUGAGACUUUUUGAGUAUGGUGGGUUACCCCCUAAUGCUAACUAUUUGUUUUUGGGGGAUUAUGUGGAUAGAGGGAAACAGAGUUUAGAAACAAUAUGCCUUCUCCUGGCUUAUAAAAUAAAAUAUCCUGAGAACUUUUUCCUUUUGAGAGGAAACCAUGAAUGUGCUUCUAUAAAUCGAAUAUAUGGAUUUUAUGAUGAGUGUAAGAGAAGAUUCAAUGUAAGGUUAUGGAAGACAUUUACAGAUUGCUUCAACUGCCUGCCAGUGGCAGCUCUUAUUGAUGAAAAGAUUCUGUGUAUGCAUGGGGGACUUUCACCUGACUUGCAUAAUUUGGAUCAAAUAAGAAAUCUACAGCGACCCACUGAUGUGCCAGAUACGGGUUUGCUUUGUGAUCUACUUUGGUCGGACCCAAGCAAAGAUGUUCAAGGCUGGGGAAUGAAUGACAGGGGAGUUUCUUAUACAUUUGGUGCUGAUAAGGUGACAGAGUUUCUUCAGAGGCAUGAUCUAGAUCUUAUCUGUCGUGCUCAUCAGGUUGUUGAGGAUGGAUAUGAGUUCUUUGCUAACCGGCAGCUUGUAACAAUAUUUUCAGCUCCUAAUUAUUGUGGGGAGUUUGACAACGCGGGUGCCAUGAUGAGUGUUGAUGAGACGUUAAUGUGCUCUUUCCAAAUAUUAAAGCCUGCUGAUAAAAGAAGGCUCAAUUUUGGAAGUACAGCCACUGCUAAGCCUGGAAACUCUCCAGCAGGUGUCAAGUCCUUCCUGGGUAAAGUUUGAAAUCAAUUUUGGUGGAAGAUUAGCUGGUUCAACAGGUCAGCUUGGCCUUUAACAUGUAAUAGCUUCAAGAAAAGGAAACUUGAGUUCAAUUUGGUCUGCUAUGAUAUGUUGUAAGAAAGAAGGGUAACACUAUCAUGAACUAAUGUAAACCAUUGUUGCUGGUACGGAGAUGGAUUACCAGAUGGGGUCAUAAUCUCUUCCUUGUACGCUAACAGCAGGUAUAUGUUAUUCUGAAAAUUGUAAGCUUCUCAGUUCUCUCCGAAAGAUGGAUUCAGCAGCAUUUGUUGGUGAGAACUAAUUAAAAAUGCUCAUGCAACUGGCAUUAUUGAUAGUUCGAGCGGGCGAAACAAUUUGAUAGUUCCCCCCCCCCCCUUUUUU